CAGUUAGGCCACCAGUCCACCAUAGACCGUCGCGCGCGUCGCUGGUAUUGAACGCGCGUCUCGCGCCCACUAUUCGUUCCGAUGUGUCAAUAAUCGAUCCCGAAGUGUUCCGUGACUGCAUGAGUGGUUCCCUCAGUAAACAGUUGCGUAAACUUGUUGCGUAGGAGGUUUUCGCGCCUCGAUGUCCCUGAAUUUUGUUUGUAAAAGCAAUGGCGCCGGCGCAGCAAAACGUUGUCGAUGUGUGUGAGACGGGUGAAGCUCAAUUGAAAAUGAGACUUUUAGACAAUGGCUUUAAAGACUCAAGUAGUGUGAAAGUGAUUGAAAACAAUAAUGUGAUAUUCAAAGAUGCUAGUGAAAAAAUGAACAGUGAUAAAGACUUCGACAUAAGCGUUUAUGAAUCUAUGGAAUUUAGGCCGCGAAUAAGAUGGCCUGAUUUAUUAGUGCAGCUGUCUUUACAUUUAGUUUCCAUAUAUGGUUUAUUUCUUAUGGUGACGAACAACAUUAGAUUCUACACGACAAUAUUUGUAUUUGCGACGAUAUUCAUGUCUGGCUUGGGCAUAACAGCGGGAGUGCACAGACUGUGGUCACACCGAGCGUACAAAGCGACGACUCCGCUGCGAAUCAUUCUCGCCUUACUCUUUACUAUUACCGGACAGCGCGACAUUUACACGUGGGCGCUUGACCACCGCGUUCAUCACAAGUAUUCAGAGUCGGUAGCAGACCCGCACGACGUCAGGCGAGGCUUUUGGUUCGCGCAUGUUGGCUGGUUGGUGCUGACCCCGCACCCCGCUGUCGAGAAUAGAAGGGCGGCUCUCCGGCUUACCUCGCUGGACCUCAUCGCCGAUCCAGUAGUGAGGAUCCAAAAAAAGUACUUUAUCCCACUCUUCGCUCUACUAAACAUAGCGUUACCAGUAUGGAUUCCUGUGUAUUACUGGGAUGAAACUCUUAUGAACAGCUUUGUAUUGAGUUUCGUCACCAGAUUUACAAUUACUUUGAACAUAGCGUUCAGCGUAAACAGCUUCGCACAUCUCUGGGGAAAUAAACCUUAUGAUAAAUUUAUAAAGCCGUCAGAAAACCCAUUAGUGAGUUUGGCCGCGCUGGGAGAAGGCUGGCAUAACUACCACCACGUGUUCCCAUGGGACUACCGGACCUCUGAACUGGGUCGCUUCAACGUAUCAACAAACUUCAUCGAUAUAUUCGCAAAAAUCGGAUGGGCUUAUGACUUAAAAGCUGCCACGCCAGCGAUAAUCACGAACAGAGCUCUUCGCAGUGGGGAUGGUUCUAUAGCAGAAGAACAAUAUGUAGAUUCCUUAAAAUCACAGUGACCCCGUGAAACAACUAAAUUCAUUUUUCGAAAUAUAACAGUAACUUAAGUUUAUUUCAAAUAAACAGUGUAUUGUUGGUAACAAAAGCUAGUUAUCGAAAAUAAGUCCUUAAGUUUUUGCUAAAUACUUAAAUCUGAAAAGAUUUAUAUUUAUUUAAUAGGAAUUUGUUUAAAAAUUCUGCAUAAAUUAUCAAGGACACUUCUGUAUAACAUUAAAAUAUGACUAAAAUUUAAUACCUAUAUUUAUGUAGAUGCUUACAGAAAUACAAUUCCUAGGAAAUGUAUAUAAUUCCUAAACCCGUCUGAAAAUCACUGCAUUUUCUGAAUGGCAAUUGGAAAUGUAAUACAUUCAAAAUGUUAGUGUAGAUACAAUAAUGCUUUAUUUCGAAUAUGUGGAAAAAGAUGGCAACCAAAUAUCGAAUAUAUUAAAAACAAAAUAUUGACCCUUACAAUAGCAAUUAAAUUAUAAUAUGUAAAUAAAAAAUAACUUAAAAAAAUUAGAAUCUGAAAUCGAUAAUUACAAUACUAAUUAAAUAUCCCUUUUAAUGAGUU